AUGAUGUUACUUGCAGAGAAGCAAUUUGAGAAGACAAUUAAAGGUUGCAUAGUAUACCAAGAAUGGUUAUUGCGAGAGGACACUGCAAGUCCAACUGCUUUGCAAGAAGCAAUCACCACUACUUGUGUUAUUGAUGCACACAAAGGUAGAGAUAUAAUGACGCUGGCCAUGCCUAACGCUUUCAUUCAAACUUAUAUGCCUGAUGCUAAGGAAGGAGAAGAUCGUGUCUACAUGAAGAUCACUGGCAUGAUGGUCCAGAUAUUGAUUGACAUGGCCCCAGAGUAUCGCGAAUACGUUGUUUUAGAGAAUGGAAAGCGAGUAAUCUAUGUGCGGGUACUACGUGCUAUAUAUGGGAUGUUACAAUCGAGCCUCCUAUUCUAUAAUCAGUUUCAAAAUGAUUUGGAGGCAAAGGGAUUUGUUUUCAAUCCGCAUGACCCGUGUGUUGCUAACAAAGUUGUUAAUGAAAAACAGCAAACUAUCAGACUUCAUGUUGACGACCUUAUGUCAAGUCACAUGGAUCCGAAAGUAAAUGACGAAUUUGCUGAGUGGUUGAACAUGAGAUAUGGUUCAAUCCAGGCAUGUAAAAUCGUCAGAGGAAAGAUACACAGAUAUCUUGGAAUGACUUUGGAUUUCUCGGUGAAAGGAAAACUCAAGAUCCGCAUGGACGACUAUGUCAAGAACAUGUAG